UCAGUCUCCCAUGAAAGCAACGAAGAGUUUCUUGCACGAAACAGGCGUUGUUGCUAGUUUUUGCAGCAGUUUCCUUGAAAUAUGCCUUGGAACUAAAUACCUUUAAGGUUAUACUUUAGGCCUCCGCAACCCCAGCUAGGCGAUCCGCAGAUGAGUAACGCAGGCAUUUCAAGACCUAAAUCCGCAAGUGAACACACAUUAUCAUCUCGAACGCCGAGAAGAGUUCGCUCACAUGCCGCGGAUGUCAACCUCUGUAGCAUAGAGGAUCUUCAUCAAUGUUUAUACCAGCGAAAUCAAGUCAUUUCUGUGAGCACGGACGAUUUUAGAAGUUCAGGUCUACACAAAGAAGAAGCGAUCCGCUACUGGUGUAAAGGAUGUCAUCUGGAACGGACUGAGCCAUGUCAGCUCCAUGGUCCUCAACUGUCAUUCCGACUGACAAGUAAAGUCAAAAACAACAAUGACACAAACAAUAACAUCGUAAAAUUGCCGAAUGCGAUCGAAUCGUUUCCAAAUGAGGUGGGUUUGUGCAUUUCCAGUAUUCCUGGGGCAGGUUAUGGAGUCUGCGCAAAACAGAUCAUUCCAGUGGGCACGUGGAUUGGACCAUACGAGGGGGAACUGGUGCGGCCUGAGGAGGUGGUACUGGGGUCUGAUGCGUCAUAUAUGUGGGAGAUAUUUCACGAGGGAAAGUUACUUUAUUACAUUGACGGACGCGACGAGAACAAGUCCAGUUGGAUGAGAUACAUCAGAUGUGCAAGGAAUGGAACCGAGCAAAACAUGUACGCCUUUCAGUACUGUGGUAACAUUUAUUACAGAGCUUUCAAGGACAUUCCUCCGGGAGGUGAACUGCUGGUUUGGUAUGACGAGAAGUACCCGCAAUAUAUGGGCAUCCCUCUUGAAAUAUAUGAAAUUUCCCUCAAUAAUCCUGUUGAUGAAAGACAACAUCCCGAAAUGGUAGUUGUAAUACCAUAUGAUAAUUCCAAUCCAGGCUCCUCCCAUUUAAAUCAGUCUUCAUCCAGUCCCUGGAAAGAUAAUCUUCAAUUUACAACCGGAGUCAGAUCCACGCUACCGUCACGUGAUCAAUCUGGUGUCAAACGCCGCUUAGCUCAAAGCACCUCUAUCAGAGGCGACAGUUUACGUGCAUCAGCUGAAGAAGACAUACGCGUCCGCCAUGUUUCCUGGACAGCCGAUGGUGCGCCAUUACAAAACAGUGUGCAAAUGAUUGAAAAUUCUCCUUCUUCGGAGGACGCGCGAUUUCUUCAUAAAGGUCCAGUUAAACCUUUUGGAUUAAACAGCGGACAUACGCAAACGUUUCAAAACGACAGCCAUCAUGACACCAUGUCUUCUGGAGGUCUAUACAGUAACGGCUCAAAAAUCGCGCCGUCAAAAAUAGGCGAGAGGCAUGCGCAGUUACGGUCUGUUGAUGAAGAUGAAAACAGUUCGGAUGGUUCCGAUGCGAACCUUUUCAACUGCGGUCAGUGUGGGAAAUCGUUUGCCCAACGCUCGGUGCUUCAAAUUCACGUAUGCCCCAACAUGCCACGCAAGCCCUAUCACUGUGGACAGUGCUCUCAGACAUUUGAUUAUCCAAACGAGCUGCGCACGCACGCUGUCGUUCAUGUGGGUGAGAAACCAUUCAAGUGCGGUUAUUGUUCACGAUCAUUCGCGGGCGCAACAACUCUUCAUAACCACGUGCGCACGCACACCGGUGAAAAACCUUUUUCAUGCGUGAGAUGUGGAAAAAACUUUACUCAGGCCUCCCAGCUUCACAAGCACGAGAAUAUACCCGGAGAUUGUGUUCCCUAUGACGGCCUGCCUGACUAGAGGAUUUCUAGCAAUCUGGCUCUCUUUUUAGGAAACUUGUGAUUGUUAACUAUAUGUAACGGUUUAUAGUUGACAAGCUAAUCAAGUGAUUUCGCAAAAAAAAGAAUCGAUUCAAAGCAUGCUUAGAGAAAGAUUUUUUGCGACAGUAGUAAAAAAAAAGAUAAGAAUUGAUUCAAAGCAUGCCUAGAGAAAUAUUUUUUGCGACAGUGGUAAAAAAAGAUAUCUCGUUGCAAUUUAAAAAAAUUGUGGAUCCAUCCAUUUCUUUUCCAAACAUUUAGAAUCCAGAAUAACUUCGUUCUUCUCAAAUCGGAUGGAGGAAGCCUUUUCUUGUGUUAUUGCUCAAGGAUAGCAAUAACGUCAUUAAACUACAUAUUUUUUUCAUCGUUACAUUUGCAACGCACUCCUCAAUGGCUUUUAUUAUAAGUAAAUUUUUUAACAUUAGCAACAAAUGAAAAGACCUUUUAGCUGUUAGGGACAUUUCCUUCAAGAUAUAUUUUAAUGAAUAAAACAGAAGUGAGCAUUUGAGUAAAAGUUGCCUUGAAAUUCAGCAACGAUACAAGUUACGAAAAGUUGCACUUAUAACGAACAGAAGCACAUAAGUCAUGCGCGUUUGACCCCACAUGUUAAUUUAUUAUGUUAUUACUUUUAAUAAAUACGCGCAAAAGAGUCUACACAAAGGCAACUAAGUUAUGGAAGUUGGAAAUCGUUAUCGGAAAAAGUGACGAAUAUCACCUGAAGCGGGGGCUGAUGAUGGCGCACUUCCGUUUCCGUUAUGUUUCAAUUUAACCAAAAAAGAUUGCGCAUCCGAGAAUGUUUUAUGGAGUUUUGAGUGGCUACUUGCGAUUUCCUCAACCUUUUCUCAUGCUAUAAAUAAAACAAGCUUUAAGGACUUCAUGGUCACGUCCCAGGAAUAAUUUACAAAAAAC